GAAAGGGGAAAAGGUUGAUCAUAAGAAAAGUGGUCACGAGAAUGCAAGUUUCAAAAGUUUGGCAUUCAGCAACAAAACCCAUUCAUGGAAUAGCUUCUUGCAAUGGUUCGAUUUGAAAAUACGAGUCACGGGCCUACAGUCAUUGUCUUUCUCCGUUUAGAGACAAAAGGCACGGUGAAGAGAAUGCUGAGCUCUAUAUCUUCUAGUGGUUUGAAUGCAGAAGCAGAGGCUGAGGAAGGUGCUUGCUUUCAGAAUUCUCUUCUGAUUCAAACUCUCUGCAGAUUUUCUGGGGUUAUUUCCUUUUCUGCAUUGGAAUAUAGUCGAACACUCUGCAGAAAAAUAACUAAAGGAAUAGGCCAAGCCCAGUUUGUAUUAUAUUGGUUGAGCUCUAAGGAACUAAAAGGAUUGCGUUCCCAGCUUCAUCAAGCGGCAGACUACUGUGAAACAACGUUCCUGAAAACUAAUGAGAAGAAUGAAGUGGUGGAAAACACAAAGGAGUACUUAUGCAGGGCCAUGGUAGCUGUGGUAGACCAUCUUGGAAGUGUCACUUCCAAUUUAGAGAUCUGCAUUUCUCAAACCAACGCCUUCAACGACGUCGAGCUUCGAUUGAACUGCUUAAACCAAAGGCUCCUCUCCUGCAAACAAUACGCUCAAAAGCUUGAACUAUCCCGACUACGUUGGUGCGAAAACCUGCCCAGAUAUCAUCCCCGCUAUGUCUCACCCGUUAGUAACAGUGCUGAACCAUUAAAUCGAAGUUCAAGUAUCAACCAGUGCAGAGAGUUGAAAGAUCUUCCGUUAGCAAAGGGUGACAUUUUUACAGAGAAGCCAACGCCGGUUCUAUUGUACAAAUUCUACACUUACAAUCUAUUUCCUCCUAAAAACUUGACUCAUGGAUUCCCCUCAAAGAAAGAUGAGAAGGAGAAAACAUUAGAUACACUUCAAAAAGCAAUAUUACCAGCUGACGAUCAUGGACUUUCAGCGCGAUCAAAAGCUCCAAAUCCUACAUUUUAUUUCCAGGUUUCUCAUCAGAAACGUGGACGCCAUAGAAAAUCAAAACUUGGGAGUGACAUAUUAUCCCUCCUUAAGCGAACUAAACAAAUAGCUUCAUUGAAAGAUCAUCUCUGAGAAUGCUUUGUAAUAAUUCCUUAUGCAUCAAUGCAUAUCCUUUGUUCACUAUAAUAUUAGCACAAGAUCCAACACGUCGAAUGAAUAUAUAUAUAUAUAAAGCUUGAUCUC